UCUCCCCUCGCGCUCUCUCAGGGUCGUAGCCUGACGCACUCCGGGAGGACCGGCCUGCUUCACCACUGACACUUUCAGCCAGAGAGAGAAAGACAACUUUACAUUUCCAGAGACGGCGGUGCUCCCGGGGGUUCACUUUGAUAGUCGUCUCAUCCACUGCAUUUGCUUAUUUAGAUAUUCAGCACCGGUUGUCAACGGAGAUCAAGACGUUUGGAAAUCAAGUAGGACUGGAGGGAGGAUAUUAUGUUUAAAGCUGUAGAUGCGGGAUAAAGUUGUCAAUAAGAGCGGAAAAGGUAUAGCCUACAGCAUCGACUGGAUAGCUUUGGUUAAAGGUUUGUUAAGUCCCUUUGGCGUCGGGAUGAACAUGGGUACCUUGCGCGACCUCCAAUACGCGCUGCAGGAGAAGAUUGAGGAGCUGCGGCAACGGGACGCGCUCAUUGACGAGCUAGAACUGGAGCUUGACCAGAAAGACGAGCUAAUACAAAAACUACAGAACGAGCUGGAUAAAUACCGGUCCGUUAUCAAACCGGCAACCCAACAGGUCGUCAAACAAACUGAGCUGCACGAGCACCAGCGGACUAAGAGACAGGCGAUUUCUGCGGAACCCACCGCCAUCGACAUCCAGGAUCUUAGCCAUGUCAGGCUGCCUUUCUACCCCAAAAGUCCACAGUCCAAAGACCUGAUCAAGGAGGCCAUCUUGGACAAUGACUUCAUGAAGAACCUGGAGCUGUCUCAGAUCCAGGAGAUCGUGGACUGCAUGUACCCUGUGGAGUAUGGCAAAGACAGCUGCAUCAUCAAGGAGGGCGAUGUGGGCUCACUGGUCUACGUCAUGGAAGAUGAAAUCCUGCGACUAGUGAGGUCCGACCGCUCGACAACCUGCCCGCUUGACCCCAUCCCCUCCUCCCCUCUCCAGAACAUCUCUGGCUUUGCGUCUCAGGCUCUGCACACUCUUGGAUUGUCAUCUUACCUGGCAGACRGCUCCUACCAGCGCACAUCGUUACAGAAUAACYCCUCACUCACCUAA